ACCGGCUCAAUGCAGCGACACUCUCUCUCUCUGCUCUUCUUUAGCGCCACCCCUUCUUCUUCUUCAGUUCUCGAUGAAUGGCAGCGGGGGCAUGAGAGAGUUUGGACAGGGAUUGGGGCUGGGGAGCGCACAGUUCAGGGAUGUUAGCGGUGCGAAUCGGGACGUUUCGAGGAAUGAUCCAAUGAGUUUGGACUUGAGAGUGAAUCACGGCGGUGGUGGUAGAGGCAGUGCUAAUGCCGGUGGUGCGAGGAAGCAGCGUGAUUUGGAUGACGAGUCCGCCAAGGGCGUGUGGGAUAGAGGGAUAGAGAAUAAGGACAUCGUUGUGUGGUACACGCUAGGGUUCCAUCACAUACCAUGUCAGGAGGAUUACCCAAUUAUGCCCACCGUCUCAUCAAGCUUUGAUCUAAAGCCAUUCAAUUUCUAUGAGAGCAACCCUAUUCUUCGGAUCCCACCUAAUGUGGAGAAGGACCUCCCUGUUUGCAAGCCUUCUUCUUCAGUUUGAAUAACUAAUCCUCCCUCCUAUAUAUAUAUACAUAUCUACUUCUCAUAUG